UGUCGCGCUACGAGAAAUGGCUCCAAUCCAGCUGGACGGCGACGGCCGCGAGCGCGAUCUCCUCUCCGGAUGGAUGAGGCACGCCGCAUUUUCGAUUCCAUGGAUCGGCGCACCGCGGCGUCGUGGAACUGCGUCAUCGGCGGCUACGCGCGGUGCGGCCAGCCGGAGCUCGCGCUCCAGUUCUUUGGGCGGCUCCAUGCCGAGGGGUUGGAUCCAAACGGCCGGAGCUUCGUCGCGGCUCUCCAGGCGUGUUCUUCGCUGGCCGCUAGAGAAAAGGGGGUGAGAGAUUUACAGGGGAAGAUCAUCAAGCUCAGGAGCCUCAAGAGAGGCUUGGCUCUUCAUUCCCAGCUCCAGAGUGGUGGAUUCUUGGUGGACAGGUUCGUGGCCAGCGCCCUGGUGGAUUUCUAUGGAAAGUGUGGCACCGUGAGAGAAGCUCUAGAGAUUUUCCAGGCUGCCAAGUUGGGAACAAAGGACGUGGUUUUGUGGAGUGCCAUGAUCAGCGCUUGCUCGCAAGGAGGGGAAGACGAGCUAGCCUUGGAGCUCUUUGAGCUUAUGCUUUUGGAAGAUGGAGUGGAGGCGAAUGCUCGGACUCUGGUGGCCGUGCUCGACGCUUGCACGAAUCUGGGAUGGCUGGACAGGGGCGGAGAGAUUUACUCGAAGUUUGCAAGAACAGGGACAGGGAUUUCGUCCAGCGUUUUCGUCUCCAACAGUCUGAUGGAUAUGUAUGCAAAGUGGGGGAGAUUGCUGGAUUGCCGGCGAGUUUUCGACGGGAUGAUAGAGCGGGAUUCGGUCUCCUGGAAUGUUUUGAUCAUGGGAUAUGCAAAAGGUGGCGAGGCCGAGCGAGCUCUUGAGUUAUUCACGGCCAUGCAAGCGUUAGACGUGGUCGUCAGCUCCAGAACUUUGGUGGCCGUUCUCCAGGCAUGCUUGGAUAUGGCCGAGAAGGAAGAGACUCGGCUUGUGGAUGGAAGGCCCUUGAAAGUGGCGUCGCUGGAGAAGGCAUUGGCUUUUCAUUCCCGGUUUCUCGACGGGCUGGAAGAUGUUUACGCUGCAAACAACUUGAUGAGUCUCUACGCUUGGUGUGGAAGUUUGGAUGAUGCGGCUCGAGUUUUUGACAAAAUGGUGAUCAAAGACUUGGUUUCGUGGAACAUCAUGAUCGAAGCCUACACCGAGAGUGGAAACCAUGAGCUGGCCCUGCAGGAGUUUUCGAAAAUGGGACUCCAAGGACUGAAACCGGACUCGCAGACUUUUGCAUCGGUACUUAAGGCCUGUGGUGGUCUUGGAGCACUACAGGCUGGACAGGCAAUCCAUCGUCUGAUCGAAGAAGCUGGGGCCGAGAGCUCUCCGGCGGUGGCAAACUCGCUCGUAAGUUUCUACGGCAAGUGUGGUGACAUGGUGGAAUCUCGGCGAGUGUUUGAUGGGUUUCCAGACAAGGACGCAGUGUCUUGGAGUGCACUGAUCGCGGGAUACAGCCGUCAAGGGGACAGUGACGCGGUGUUUGAUCUGUUCGAGAGAAUGCAAGAGUUUGCCAAGCCGGACGCUGUGACAUUCUCUUCAGUUCUAUCGGUCUGCUGCCACUCUGGUUUGGUCGACAAGGGGAUGGAAUACUUUCACGCGAUGUGCUCGGACUAUGGACUUAGUCCGAGUGUGGAGCACGUAAUCUCCAUGGUUGAUCUACUUGGACGUGCUAAUCGGCUGGAGGAUGCGCUUGCGAUGGUGCAAAACCUGCCUGUGGAAGACGUGUGCUCCAGGAUAUGGAUGGCAUUGCUUGGGGCUUGUUUCAAGUGGAAAAAUGCGGUGAUUGGAGAGGUAGCCUUUGAUGCGCUAUCAAAGGUUGACGAUCAAGGUGGUACAGCUUAUGCUCUCAUGGCAAACAUAUACUCAGGCUCAAACAAUGAAAACCUUGAAGUGAUCGCUGGAUCUUUGUGAUGUCACUUCACGAGGAAAGAGCACAGAAAUACCAGGUGGAUACGGGCACACGAGCUCAGCACUCGCUAGACCCACUGCUUCGUCAGCUUUGCAGCAGCACUCAGGGUCUGGAAUAAGGACCUAUUGUCAAUCUGGAAGAACUCGAAAGCUCUUGAAGCCUUUGAUAAGUUUCUCAAUCUCGCUGCUGCUAGUGCUGGCUCCUAUAGCAAAAGUUAUGGAGUUCAGAAGAGGAAGCUCGGCCACUAUCUCGCAUUUAUCGCACAGAAAGUCAUCGGCAAGAGUUCCUGUGACUCCGAGCUCCCACAACCCAAUGGUGAUCCUAAGCUCAUAAAAAAUGGCGUCGCCGAGAUGUGGAAGCCAGCUCCAGAGCUGUAUCAAACAACGGAUGGUCGUCGCUUGCUGCACAAUUCAUCUUGCGGCAUCGAGAGAGGCCAAGAGAAGCCUCUUGCAAGAUGGAGCAUCCCGGACUGCAUAAGAGACGAGAGUACCUUGGAUUGGACAACAACGUCGGCUCCCUGCUCGAGUGCCGUUGCAGGAAACCUCGAGUGGAACAUUAAGUGCGCUCCAUGAGCCUCGUCAACUAUGAUCGGGAUACCAUGCUCGUGAUACACCUAUGCGAUCUCCUCCAGGGCUACACACUCCAUAAUCCAAAAUGGCCAACUCGAUGCUCUCUGCGGAGACACCAUGAGAAAUAUCCCAGAGCUCGUCAUAACAAGGAAGACCAUAGUGAGGCAUUGCUCCAGCAAGAACCAUGGCUGAGAAUGCCGAGACGUGGGCGUUCCCGGGGAGGAUCAGAACGUCUUCGGUCUUGCAGCAGCUCAUGAUCCCCGGUUGAAUUCCACACGUAGAGCAAGAACCAUAAGUACCCUUGGCAGCAUGAAAAGGAAGAGAUCAGAGUGCUCAAUUCCACUC